AGAAGCAGGUGGGCGUGCGCGACUCGCAAAGGCAGCCGGGCAAUGUAGUUCUCCAGGGCUGCUUGUGGGACGUACCUGCUCCAGACACGCCGAAGAAGUUCUCCUCUCCAGCAGCACCUUUUGUGAAGGCCGGCCGGCAGGUCAGGUGGUUUUGCGCGUGGCCUUUAUAAAAGAUGGAUCCGCAUAUCAGGAGAUAAAGGUUGCAGUCCAAAGAGCGCCUUCCUGGGAGGGAAUAUCAUUGACUAGAGUAGGAUUUACUUCGGAAGGCGCUUGCUUCCCAGCUGUAUAUCAAUCAGUCUGGAACAAGCGAAAGCAAAGUUGUCAGGUCGCCUUGUCAAUAGGGAAUCGUGCAAGUUCAUAAAAUCUCAGUCCUCUGCAAAAAAACACCGACGAGAAAUCGCAAGUUGAGCGUCGGGUGUUCCAACCUUUUGCACGUUUGCGUGGGAGGAAGCUCCACUGAACUUCGAGUUCCUUGAACAUUCAAAAUGGCUUCACAGAAUGUCAGUAAAGGUUUCCAGAGUUCCACUGGACAAGAUGUGAACCCUGAUCUUGACAUUGAAAGGAAAACCGCCUCCUUCGGCAUAGAGAGACUUACCAACAUACUAGAUGGAGGUGCUGAAAAGACCCAAAUCCGGCGGAAAGUCGAUGCAGUUCUCCAGAGCGACCCAGAAUUCAGCAACCAAAACAAGUACUUCCAGAGCCAAAAUGAGAGAUAUGAAGGUGCUGUCAGAAAAUCUCUUUACCUCUCCAGAAAGAUCGAUGAACUGGGAUGGGCUGCCAAUGGACCUGAACAGAGAUAUUGCUAUAGGGCACUUGGCGAUGAUUUGGCCUUCAAUGUGCACAACGUCUUUAUGAAGAGUAUUCUGGGGCUGGGCACAGAUGAGCAGAUUGCCAAGUGGAUCCCCUUGGCAGAAAAGCAUUACAUAGCAGGGACAUAUGCCCAGACUGAACUGGGACAUGGAACUUACCUUCGGGGCUUGGAGACCAUGGCCACUUUUGAUGUUACCACUCAGGAGUUCGUCCUCAACACACCAAAGAUCUCUGCUAUGAAGUGGUGGCCGGGAGACUUGGGAAGAACAGCAACACAUGCUGUGGUUUUUGCUCAACUUUACCUAAAAGGGAACUGUUAUGGGAUACAUCCCUUCAUAGUGCAGAUCCGCAGUCUCCAUGAUCAUUCACCGGCUCCAGGAGUAACCGUAGGGGACAUCGGCCCCAAAAUGGACUUCUUACAGACUGACAAUGGCUAUCUCAUGCUGAAGAAUGUUCGUGUGCCAAAGGAAAACAUGCUGGCCCGGUUCUCUCAGGUUCUGUCAGAUGGCCAGUAUGUCAAACGAGGAACUGAAAAGAUUAACUACCUGACUAUGAUUGUGGUCCGUGUAGCCAUUAUUCGGUCUGAAGUCUUAACCACACUGAUGAAAGCUUGCACUAUUGCUAUCCGAUAUUCGGUGGUACGCCGACAGUCUGAAUUAAAGCCAGGGGACCCAGAGCCAAAGAUUCUUGACUAUCAGACUCAGCAACAGAAACUGCUACCUCAACUGGCCACAGCCUAUGCCCUCCACUUUGGUUGUGACUACUUAGAGGAAAUCUUUGACCAAGGCUAUGCAGAAACAAAACAAGGCAAAUUUGACUUACUUCCAGAGCUUCAUGCACUCGCUUCUGGAUUUAAAGUGAUUGCCACAGAUUUCAGCUCAGCAGGUGUGGAGAUAUGUCGAAGGGCCUGUGGGGGACACGGGUACUCUCUCCUCAGUGGCCUGCCUUCCUUGUACACUAGAUUGGUUGCAUCUUGCACUUACGAAGGGGAAAACACUGUUCUCCUCCUGCAGACUGCCAGGUUUCUCAUAAAGUGCUUUGGGAUGGCAAAGGCUGGACAUCCCCUUCCUUCAUCCGUUGCCUACUUGUCUUCAACGAGCUCUGGGAAAUGCGGGGCUCAGGAGAAAAGAGACUUCCUAAAUCCAAAUAUUUACACUGAAGCAUAUAAACAGAGAGCCUUCAGGAUGGUAGAAAAUGCAGCAAUCAAACUUCAGACUCUGAUUCUGUCAGGAACAGCACAGCACGAAGCUUGGAACUUGUGCUCCGUACAACUAGUACGGGCUGCUGCAGCUCACAGCCACUACAUCAUAGUGCAAAACUUUGUCAAAGCACUAGAGAAAUUUGAGAAAGAGUUUCACAUCCAGAGGAUCCUGAAACAUCUCUGUGACCUCUUUGCAUUACAUGGGAUCUUCUCCAAUAUGGGUGAUUUCCUGCAGGCUGGUCACCUGUCUGGGAAGCAAAGCGACAUGGUGACCGAAUCUUACCUGGAUCUCCUGGCUAUCAUUCGGCAAGAUGCUGUUCCAUUAGUGGAUGCUUUCGACUUCUCUGAUGCAAAUUUAAAUUCGGCCAUUGGAUGUUAUGACGGUCAUGCCUAUGAGCGGCUUUUUGAGUGGGCUAAGAAGUCACCCACCAACAAACAGGACAACCAGACCUUUGAGAAGUACUUGAAGCCACUUUUCCAGAAUGCCGUGUCAAAGUUAUAGAAGACGGGAACGGAGCUGAGGGAGCUUCACUUGCUGUAGCCCUCAAAAUAACACCAGCACUUAGCACUACUACUACAAAGAUGACCUAAUAGCUGCUGUCUUCUGCUUGCCACAGAAGCCCAUCAGAAUGACUUGACAGGCAAUAACUGAAUGGCCAUCAGUCCAGCUUACCCAGAAGAUAGAUGGGACAGCCUUCUUUAUGUUUAUCAAGUAGGCCAAAUUUUAUCUAAACCUUCACUCAAGAAAUUGGUAGCAGUACACAAGCAGCAGCUUGCAGUCGUUGCUCAAGAAUCCUUUAGACUGGUCUUUUUAGGACCAAGGAAAUGGUUUUAAAUAAACACACAUGAAGUUGCCUUAUACUGAGUCAGACCACUGAUCUGUGAAGAUCAGAACUCAGACUGGCAGCUGCUCUCCAGUAUCUCAAAUUGUACCAGUUUAAGAAUUUCUUACAUAAUAAAAUGUUUUGUAUUGGGCCUUAUAAAUAAAUCAUCUACCCAAGUGCCUAAAAAA